AUGACCAAGGACACCACGGAUCUGAAUGAGUAUGCGGUGAGCUUCAUGCCUUUCUAUACCGAGUAUCAAGGACCAACUGCCGAGCUGAAGGACUAUACGUUUGGCGAUACUAUUUACUUCCGAGGGAAGGAGCUGCAGAGAGAGAAGCUCGCCACCGCUACUGCAUGUGACUGCAUGAGUGCUAAGCUCAGUAAUGGCGCCAUCCUCUCGGGAAAUACAAUAAAUGGCAGGAUAGUUGCAGUGAAUAACUACGAGAGAGAAGGCAGCAAUCGGAACGAAUUGGCACGCUUGCAAGAAUUGAUCUCGCUCACCAAUGUAAUAAAUCAAUAA